CCGCAGCGCCAGACCAUGUCCGCCGCCGGCCUGGGCCCGGUCCGCUGCGCCUUCGUGCUCCUGUUCGCCCUCUGCGGCCGGCCCGCCGCCGGCCAGGACUGCGGCGGCCCGUGCCAGUGUGCGGCCGCGCCGGCGCCGCGCUGCCCCGCCGGCGUCAGCCUCGUGCUGGACGGCUGCGGCUGCUGCCGCGUGUGCGCCAAGCAGCUGGGCGAGCUGUGCACGGAGCGCGACCCCUGCGACCCACACAAGGGCCUCUUCUGCGACUUCGGUUCCCCGGCCAACCGCAAGAUCGGCGUGUGCACCGCCAAAGAUGGUGCCCCCUGCGUCUUCGGAGGGACCGUGUACCGGAGCGGCGAGUCCUUCCAGAGCAGCUGCAAAUACCAGUGCACUUGCCUGGACGGGGCGGUGGGCUGCGUGCCCCUGUGCAGCAUGGACGUCCGCCUGCCCAGCCCUGACUGCCCCUUCCCGCGGAGGGUCAAGCUGCCGGGGAAAUGCUGCGAGGAGUGGGUGUGCGACGAGCCCAAGGACCACACCGUGGUUGGCCCUGCCCUCGCCGCUUACCGACUGGAAGACACAUUUGGCCCAGACCCAACUAUGAUCCGGGCCAACUGCCUGGUCCAGACCACAGAGUGGAGCGCCUGUUCCAAGACCUGUGGGAUGGGCAUCUCCACCCGGGUUACCAAUGACAACGCCUUCUGCAGGCUGGAGAAGCAGAGCCGCCUGUGCAUGGUCAGGCCUUGCGAAGCCGACUUGGAGGAGAACAUUAAGAAGGGCAAAAAGUGCAUCCGUACCCCCAAAAUCUCCAAGCCCGUCAAGUUUGAGCUUUCUGGCUGUACCAGCGUGAAGACUUACCGGGCUAAGUUCUGUGGAGUGUGCACAGAUGGCCGGUGCUGCACCCCACACAGAACCACGACUCUGCCUGUGGAGUUCAAGUGCCCCGACGGGGAGCUCAUGAAGAAGAGUAUGAUGUUCAUCAAGACCUGUGCCUGCCAUUACAACUGUCCUGGAGACAACGACAUCUUUGAGUCCCUGUACUACAGGAAGAUGUAUGGAGACAUGGCCUAAAGCCAGAGAGUGUGAGAGACAUUAACUCAUUAGGCUAUAACUUGAACUGAUUCACAUCUCAUUUUUGUGUAAACAUGAUUUCAGUAGUACAAGUUAUUUAAAUCUGUUUUUCUAACUGGGGGAGAGAAACAGUCCCACCGAAUUCAAAAUAUUGUGCCAUGUGACAUUCAAACAAAAGAGUCUUAUCAACCCAGACACUGGUUUGAAGAAAGUUAAGACUUGACCAGGGUGGGGGGACUACAUUAGCACAGAGCACCAGAAUGUAGACUAAGGUGUGGCUUGAGGAGCAGUGGGAGGUGGGGGGGGCACCUGUAGAAAUGAUUGUCACCUUAAAGUGGUAGGGGCCUGCUCUUUGGAGUGUGAUUGAGAAGGAAAAUUUUAGCAUGCUCACUGACCUGCCUACUGUAGCUCCAGCAACGGCUAGGAUGUGUGUCCUCCAGCCUUCAUGAGGCUGGGUCAAGUUCUUCUUUAAGUCAGAACAGCAGAUUCAGCUCUGACAUUCUGAUUUGAAUGACACUGUUCAGGAAUCAGAAUCCUGUCUAUUAGACUGGACAGCUUGUGGCAAGCUAAUUUGCCUGUAACAAGCCAGAUUUUUUUUUUUUUAUUGACACUGUAAAUAUUGUGUGUGUGUGUGUAUAUAUAUAUAUAUAUAUAAAUAUAUAUAUAUAUUUGUACAGUUAUCUAAGUUAAUUUAAAGUUGUUUGUGCCUUUUUGUUUAUGUUUUUAUGCUUUGAUAUUUCAAAUGUUAGCCUCAAUUCUGAACACCAUAGGUAGGAUGGAAAGCUUAUCUGAUAAUUCAAAGCAUGAAAUGGAUAUUCAAAUGGAAAUUCUGGUCAGAGUGAUACUCCAUCAAAACAGAUUGUUUACUGAAUAUGAGGCAGUGAUGUCCUUAGAAGUCUAAUUUGUCAGUUGAAAAUGUGGUAGCCUUGUUUUAAUGAACAAGUGGCCUUUAUUAAAAAAAAAAUGAGUGGCUCUGUAUAGAUGAUCAGUUUUUCCACCUGGAAGCAUUUGUUUCUACUUUGACUAUGACUGUUUUUUGGACAGUUUAUUUGUUGAGAAUGUGACCAAAAGUUACAUGUUUGCACCUUUCUAGUUGAAAAUAAAGUAUAUAUUUUUUCUAUAAAAA